CAAAACAUAUAUACAUGACCUUAAAAAUUUGAGUCUUUGUCCUGUUUUUUAAGUCAAUGUUUCUGUGCUUUCUAUAAUAUCAUUACAUUGUGUGAAUACUAAUCACAGCAUUAGAUGCUAUUCUCACUAUGUUAAUGGAUAUAAUUGUUAGUUAUGUUGAUAUACAAAAAGAUGAUUGAACAUUGAUAUUUUAUUUUUGAAGAUAGAAACAAGCAUGGUAGUUAGUACAGUGAGAAAGAGAUUCUUCUUUGAAGCAUCUUUGAUUUUCUCUAAUUCAUAUCCUUAGUUCAUGCAUUAUAUAAGUGCAUGCUUUAGAGGAACACAUUGAGGUGAAGAAAGAGAUAUGGGAAAUAAAAUGGUAACAUACAAUAAGUACAAAAGUUUCUUGUUCUUUAUCAAAAAGUACAAGCUGACUGAGCUAGUUCCACCUGAGGACCUCAAGGAGGUUUUCUCCAAGUUUGCCGGAGGGGGAUCACAUAUGUCGGUAGAGCAGCUAUAUCGGUUUCUUGUGGAGCAUCAAGGCGAGGAGAAUUUCACCUUAUCGGAUUCGGAGAAGAUUGUCGACAAGGUUUUGCAACUGAGAAGGACACAUCAGGAAAUGGUUCAUGGUGAUCAAAAUAGAGAAACGGAAAUUACCCUCGAUGAUAUCUUUCGAUUUUUUCUCCUAGAUGAAUUCAACAGUCCUUCGAAAACUGAGGUACAUCAUGAUAUGAAUGCUCCAUUGUCACAUUAUUUCAUAUACACAGGACACAAUUCCUAUCUUACUGGAAAUCAGCUGAGCAGUGAUUGCAGCGAAGAGCCAAUCAUAAAGGCGUUGCAACGAGGCGUGCGUGUUAUAGAACUCGAUUUAUGGCCAACUACUAAUAAAGAUGAUAUUAAAGUUGAUCAUGGAUGGACUCUUACCAAUCCUGUAUCACCUAUCAAAUGUUUGGAGUCUAUAAAGAAAUAUGGUUUUGUUGCAUCUCAAUAUCCAGUGAUCAUAACUAUAGAAGAUCAUCUUACCGAAGAACUUCGAGCAAAAUUCGCAGAAAUGGCAACUCAAAUAUUUGGAGAAAUACUUUAUUAUCCUCAACCAGAAGAAUGUUUAAGUUUAACCGAAUUCCCUUCACCGGAAUCAUUGAAAAAUCGAGUUAUUAUAUCAACCAAACCUCCGAAAGAACGUUUUGAGUCCAACCGAAUCAAGGACAACAGAAACUAUCCUGCUCUAGAUGGAAGUAGUACUGAAUCAUCAGAAGAUGAAUCAUCGGGAAAGGAAUCACCGGACUCCACAAUUGAAGUGGAGAUUAAGAGCACGGUGAAAAAUAAUGGACGUGAUCGCGAUGAGGGAGACACGAGUUCAUGUGAAUGUGAUCGAAGAUUAUCUCAAGAGUGUUCACCUGAUUACAGAACUAUAAUAACAAUUCAUAAUAAGAAACUCAAGGGUAGCUUGAAAGAUAAAUUAAAAACGGACGGUGAACUUAGACGCUUAAGUUGGAGCGAAACAACCUUAGAAAAAGCUUCGGAAUCUCACGGAACAGACAUCAUUAGGUUCACACAGAAAAAUAUCCUUAGGGUAUACCCUAGGGCGACACGUGUCAAAUCCACAAAUUUCAAACCACAUCUUGGGUGGAUGUAUGGAGCUCAGAUGGUUGCAUUCAAUAUGCAGGGGCUUGGAAAAUCACUCUGGUUGAUGCAGGGUAUGUUUAGAGCAAAUGGAGGAUGUGGUUAUGUGAAAAAGCCUGAAAUUCUAAUGCAGAAGCUUCAAUGUGACAAUGAGUUUGAUCCUAAAAUGAUAAUGCCAGUGAAAAAGACAUUAAAGUUAAAAAUAUACAUGGGACAUGGUUGGAGCUUAGAUUUUAGUCCUACACAUUUUGAUAUGUUCUCUCCACCAGAUUUUUAUACAAAGGUUAGUAUUGUUGGUAUGCCUGCUGAUGUUGCAAAGAAGAAGACAAAGGUAAUCAUGGACAACUGGUUUCCUGUGUGGAAUGAAGAGUUUGAAUUCCCUUUGACUGUUCCAGAACUUGCUUUACUUCAGAUACAAGUUAAGGACAAAGAUCAAGGAGGAAAAGAUGACUUUGCUGGUCAAACAUGUUUACCAGUUUCAGAGCUAAAACUUGGUUUUAGAUCAGUCCCUUUGUAUAAUGAAAAGGGAGAACAAUUUAAAUCUGUAAAGUUGUUAAUGAGGUUUCAAUUUGAAUGAAUUGUAGAGAUAAUUAAUUCAUCUAUUGGAUAUACAUCUUUGUUCUUUA